UCAAGGACGACUGACAGAUGAGCGAGGGAAAGAAAGCCAAUCGAUAGAAGGCAGGAGCAGAGGGAGAGACACCAUCUUCACGAGCAGUCGCUUGAAAGAUGGGCGAUCCGGCGACCGCGGUGGAGGCCGCCACAUCUCCGGUUGUCACCGCCAUCCCCAUGGCGAUGGCUGGGGAGGUGCAAGAUGUUACUAAAUCCCAAUCGGCAAAGCAUGGGAAGAAGUCCGACAAUGGGUCCGGUGGCAGCUUCUGCACCUGGUUCAUCGUGCUGGCCCUGUUGGGGGUCUGGACGUCUGUCGCUGUGGUCUACUUCGACCUGGUGGACUACCAGGGAGUCCUUGACAAGGCUAAAGGCUUUCAAAUUAACCUGUCUGACGCCUUGCAAGGUAAACUGGUGGCAUACGAUACAGAUGGAGAUGGUGAUUUUGAUGUCGAGGAUGCUAAAGUUCUCCUAGAUGAAGCACCUGGAGAUGCAGCCGGGGGAGGAGCGCACAAAGAAAGCUCUCCGACCAAGGAGGCCGGCUCCAAGCUCCGGGAGGCUCUGAAGCGGCAGCUGGCCGUCAUCCACGAGCGCCUGGAGGCCAAGAAGCUGGCCAGGCUGGCGCUGGCCGAGGUCCGGCUGCUGCUGGCCAAAGAGGAGGACGACAAGGAGCUGGAGCUAGGGAGGAAGGACAUGGCCGCCAGGGCGAAGGAGAGAGUGGCCGCCAGGCUGCAGCAGGAAGAGGACAAGAUGGUAGAGGAGGAAAUGGAGAAGGUCAACCAAACGGAUGUGACAAAGGAAGAGGCGAGCAAGGAGAAGGAAGGGGAGAAGAAGUCAAGAAAGAGAGAGAACGAGAAGGCCGAGAAACACGGAGAGGGAAAGAAGGCCCCGGAGGAGGGCCGAGUGAAGGAGAAAAGGAAGGGAAGUAAAGCGGAGAGAUCUGACCGGAGGAGCAAGAAAUCAAGUGAGGUGUGAAUAUUUUAGAGAUAUACUUGUUUCCAUCUCGACGUUGGGGCAGGGCAUCGAGAGAUUAUUGGGUACUGAUCAAAAAGGCUCUGCUCCAUCCACCAAGGAUCAAACAAGUGUCAGCUUCAUAGUCUUGGCCCUUGUUAUUCUUUAAUUCCUGAUCAGUUUAAAAUAAAGGAAAGAAUUAAUUAGUAGGGAACCGUUUUUUUGUCAGUUAUGCCAAGUUGAGUAAAUGCACCAGACCUCUGGUCUGCCAUCAGCACUAUGGUGACUGUCCAGGCCCUCCAUGUGGCCUGGAGAGGCUCCAGCCUUCAUCAUGGCUCUUACCCAAAAGAAUAACACGGGUAUUGUAAUGAUAUCAACAACGCAAUGGCAUGGUUCAUUUUCUGAAGUUUAAAGGGUAAAAUAUUGCAUUAAGAACAGGGUGUGUCUGUAAAUGAGUUGAAGUGUCAUUAAUACUUGUUGCUGUAUCCAUAGACGUCAAGGUAGAGAGAUGGUAGAGACGUUGUCUCCAAGGUGAGGAGCCAUUGGGGAGGAGCCCUGGUGGAUACUGUGUUCAUCAAGUGAUGGAGUGGUCACGGUGUUUAGAUGUGACCACAGUGAGACAUGUCAUCCACUAAUUAUGACUGAGUUUUUAUGAAUUUUCUUUUGUCAAUAAAGUUUCUGUAGCCCUGCC